AGAUUAACUGUUUAAAAUGAAAGUAUUUUUACUGCUCGCUCUUAUUUACAUAAAUCCUGCUUUUUCAACCUUCAGGAAUGAUAUUGAACUGGUUCAACCUUAUCUAAAGAACUUUAUUCAUCCUUCUCAUCCUUGUAUUGGAUCAGUCAUUGGGGACUGGACAGAACAGGAAAAAAUUACAAUGGAAGAAGUUAUAGAUGUCAAGAUGUUGUUAAACGAAGAGGAAACUGUUGCCAUGAAGAAUGGAAAAGGAGUUGAAUUCUGUCAUUUGAUUAUCAGUAAUCUCAACAUAUCUCUGAAUGAUUUAGAGAAUAAACUUUGUAUAUCGAGAAGAAAAUCCGAGUGCAUUUUCCUCCAGAUUACAUAUGAUCAGAAAACCGCAGAUUUAGAAAAGUCCAGCCUUGAGGUUUUAAAGAAGGGUGAUUUAAGCAUUCUCAAUCUUUUCUUUCCUGGAUGUGGUAAAAUAUACAGAGCAGUGAGUAUUUUUAAUGAAAAGUUUAACAGAACCACCAGAAAUACUCAAAUUAUAAUUCCACAUCUCUGCUCACUAAAAGGGGUUUCAAGAGACCGCUAUGAUUCUCUUAAGGGUAAUGAUCUUGUUGGAGUAAAGGUGAACGUAGAGCACUUUAAACUGUUCCCGUGGUACAGGGGUUCAUAUAAUGCAACAAACAAAUAUGGUGAGAUGGUCCCGACAGGAACAGAAUACUCAGCAUUCUAUCUUUUUACCGAACAUUUUGGUCUGGGCUAUACCAUGAGGAUAGAAAAUGACUGCAGUGCCUUUAAUGAUACAUACUAUACAGGAUCUUGUAAAAACCUCGUAGAUAAGAAGAUUUUUAUAUACAUUCACUGUGCUGACUCCUGGAUGUUUUAUGGACCAUUAAAAUCAAAUUAUUUUGAUAAAGUCAACUUUUUCCCAAUAUCCUAUUCUGGUUCAACUAUAUUAUGUCCCCUUCCCUUGAAGAAAACCAGUUUUUCCCAAAUAAUUCAACCAUUCACUUUGGAGGUGUGGAUAAUGGUUUCAUCCAUCACUGUUGUGUCAGUUGUCAUAAUGUAUUCGUUAGUGGCUUUGGAUAGUUACCUUUUUGAUUACAAACCUGAUAUCACUAUGAUAGAUAUUGGUAUCUAUUCCUUCGGAGCCUACUUUCAGGAACCAUUUCAUGCUAAUAUUAGAAAUGGUAAGUAA